AAAGAAUGUCAAUGCCCAGACAUCUUUCGUCGCGCUUGAUGACCAGCACAUGAGUGAGGCGUACUUGAUCGUCCUACCGCUCCCUCGAUCAAAUCCAACUUUUGUUUUGCGCUUCCAAUCUCUCCGUGGAGCAGAUCGCCUCUUGCCGUCUUGACCUUGUUCAAAGUUACACACCGAGUAAGCUUCAGCAGCACACCUACGGUCGGAUUUGGUGUCCGGGAUUACACAAACUUUCGGACACCUUUACAGCCUCGAGACUAGAGAGUGCAAAAUACACAUUUUCGUGCCGUUUAAACAUUGUCUUCCGCCCACGCAUACACGAUGGACCGCGUCUCUCCACUUCAACUUCCGCGAAUAGAUCGCUCCCGCUCGCCUUCCCCAAUGCGCGAUCCUCGAACCCUCUAUAUCGCCUAUGGCAUCAACUUGCAUGCAGAGUCCAUGAAGAAGAUCUGCCCCGGCGCUGAAGUAGUGGGCAUUGCCCGUCUCCGUCACUGGCGCUUUCAGAUCUCUUCCAAUGGGACUGCCAACAUUGUCGAGGCUCCUCCCGCGCCCUUCAGUCCCGAUACUGCUAAGUGGCUAGGACCCCUUGGUGGCGACCUGAGACAGGAUAAAGACCGAGUAUACGGCGUGGUGUACAGGCUUGAGAGAGACGACGAGGUUGCGCUGGAGAAGGAGAUGGCCGAGGAAGGAAGGGGCUACGAGAAAGAGCUUUUGACUGCGGAAUUUUGGGGUAGGUGGCAAGAUACCAAUGGGGAGUGGAAGCCUGCAGAUCUUCGUCACGGACGCAUCCAGAAGAUAAGGGCGAUUGUGUACGUCGACCGUAAGAACACAACUGAGGCGAAGUCCGCCGCCAACGCGGAGUACUUGCGCAAGCUGAACGCUGGAAUCAAAGAUGCAGUUGCGCAGGGCAUUCCCAAGGGGUAUUUCGAGGAGUAUGUGAGGCCGUUCCUGGCCAUGGACGAGGAGGAAAAGGCGCUGAGCUUGGCAAUUCAGGACGCGAUGAAAAAGGGGGUUGACGUUAGGAGGCUUCUAGAAAAGGUGGAAAUGGAGAUGGCUACCACAAAUACGAGUGGAGACGAAGCUUCGCCGCAGGCUAGUCUUUAAGGACGAAGUAGCUGUGCAGCAAAAGUUGCUCUUCUCAAUUAGGCACUUUAAUACUGGUGAUCCGCGAUUGAUGGCUCAAGUGUGCUCUCAAUUUGUGUUGAAGCCAGUGGUCGACGGAUCAACGAAGAGUAUCAAGGCCAGUGGUUUUGAAUUGCGUCAAUCUACUGGAGUCGGACUAUCUUAACGAAUUCUCCUCAAACAUGGACAUCGUAGUCCAAGAUAGCACACAAUAAUCUCUGUCGUUAUUUGUAGUGAGAUUCGUGAAUGUCGCUUUUUCACCUCGAAUCGUUGCACAUGUAUGCAAGCAGGAAACGAUAAACUAGCUGUGAGAAUUUAUUCUGCACAUCGCAGUUUGGCUCAACACGACCCUUGCUCCGUUCGAUCUAGACUUUCGCUACCCCUCAGCUGAGUGAC